AUGAAGCUCUUGGCUGUGGUUCUCCUUGCUUUAGUUUACCUUUCAGGAAUCUCCGCACAACAAUGUGGGAGACAGGCUAGCGGUAAGAGAUGCGCAGGGGGCCUAUGUUGCAGCCAAUAUGGGUACUGCGGCAGUACUAGGCCAUACUGUGGAGUGGGUUGCCAGAGCCAGUGUAGGGGUGGUGCUUCAGCCGUUGAAGCAAAUACAGUCGAUGACAUUAGCACUGUCAUCACCCCUUCCGAUUUCAACCAAAUGCUUUCAAAAUGUGCCAAUCGUGAACUCUUCAAUUACGAUGCUUUCAUCAAUGCCGCUCGGUCUUUCAGCGGCUUUGGCACCACUGGGGACAUGGACACUCGCAAGAAGGAGGUUGCAGCUUUCUUUGCGCAGACCGCAGAUGACAAAAAUGCAUGUGGACCCAUCAAACUCGCUCACAACUACAAUUAUGAGGCAGCGGGUAAGGCCAUCGGAGCAGAUCUUGUAAACAAUCCAGAGCUGGUAACCAAAGACCCAACUGCAUCUUUUCAGACGGCUAUCUGGUACUGGAUGACCCCACAAGGUGACAAGCCAUCAAGCCAUGAUCUUACCACCGGCAACUAA